AUGGGAGUGAGCGGCGGCAAUUGGGAUGAUGACGAGGAGGUUAGCCGAAAUGCGCCGACGGUGACGUACGGCUUGGAACCGUUCGUCUUCGAUCCGGGCCCUCAGCCGACACAGGAGGAGCUUGCCAACGAUGCGGAGCGACGUGUGCGGCAGGACAAGCGCUUUCGCGAGGCCCUGCGCCGACAGAAGGCUGCCAUCACAGCCAUCCUCCAAGGAUGCUUGGAGAAGGUGAAUGGUCAGUUGGAGCGAGGAGAGGCCGUUUGCCAAAAGGCACACUUCCCGCUGCUUCAUCCAGUGGAGUUCGAGGAUUUGGAGGCGUUUGCUCGCCACGACCACUUUGUGCUGGACCUUCGCAUUGACAAGGUAGAUGAAGCUCUUCAGACACUCGUGAGCUGCCUCUUUGGGGCGGUUUGGACGAACGUGCAUGUCGAAAACGUCACGAAAGCCAAAGGUCUAGAACGGUUCAACCAGGCUCUUCAAGAAAGGAUGACGACUUUGGAGCACCACCUGAAGGAUCGAUCGCGCCAACUUUCCAACUGUCGGUAUGCCUAUUUCCUUGAAAUCACACAUCUGCGUAACCAGCUCUACAUCAAGCACCAAGAGGGUGAUGAGAAUUUUGAGCCAGUUGAAGCUUACUUUUUUGACCCGACCGAGUAUCUGGAGGAGGAGUUGCGACAGCAGUUAAAUGACAAGAUCACGCUUAGUGUGAAGGUCUACAGUGACAAGCUGAGAAUCUGCCAGCGGCGCAUUGCAGACUUGGAGCUGCAGCUCGAGACUGUUGAGGCUCUGAGCCGCAGUCGAGAAGAUGACAGCGCGGACAACUGCAUUCAGUUUGCGUGCAACAAGCACGGCUCCCAGAACGUCAUCGACUCCCUGGCCAGACUGGCGGACAAGGAGAUGAUCGAAUGGGCCAAGACUGUUGUGAAAUCGCAGACUUCCCCAGCUGCCGACGAGUCGCCUGUGCAACAUCAAGCAUCGGCCAAAAACGUGGAAGCGCUUCGCCAGGCUCUGAUGCAGGCUGGCACCGAGCUCGAGGAAGAGCGAGCGCUACGGAAAAAAGCAGAGGAGGAGAUUGCCACGCUGCAGCGUGAGGUGCAGAAUCUCCGCGAUGCCGCCGAGGCACAGGCUCGGCGCAGUGACUCGAUGGCAGAGGAGCUGCGAGCGAACUCGAAGCCGAAAUUUCAAGCGGCCAAAAGCCGAGUUUUCGAUGACGCGGAGGAGAUGGACGAGCUCCGAAAGCAGGUUGCCAAGCUGAAGCUCCAAUUGGAGAAAGAGCGCUUGCGAGCUGCUGAGCCACCUGUCGAAGCCAAAGCCAAGCUCGACGACUACGAUGAAGCGCAAGCCAUCCUGCAGGAAGCGCAUGUGGCCGCAGGCAAUGAGCCGCCGCCAGAGGAUACGACGCUGAGCGACAGUGCUGUACAGAUCCGGCAAGUGUUGCGAAAGAAGACGCAAGAGUUGGAGAAUCUCCGCGGCGCUUCGAAGGAAGCAUCGAGACAGUCCAGCAAGAAGCGGCUGCCGGUCGAUGGCGAGGAAGAGGACGAGGAUCCCGAGGAACGGGCGGCAGAGUUUGAAGCUGCCGUGGACGCAGAAAUCGCACGCCGAGCUGCCAGCAAAGCAACAGUGUCUGGCACUGGCUGCGAAUGCGAGGCGCAAACCAACAUCACGGCAGCGGGAGACAGCUUCUACUUCCUGGAAGCUCCUGAGACAGAGCUCGAGGCUGCCAUCCGGGCGGAGCUCGAGGACCUGAAGGCCUGUGCGCAGAGCGCCUACUUGCCAGCGCUGGGCGCAAUCCGGCUGGCGCAGAAGCCUCCGAAGGGUCAGGGAAGCGGCCGCUGCUCUCGUGGAGCAUUCCUUCGGCUUUUCCAAGGGGUCAGGACAUGGGGCGUGAAAGGCAAAGCCAUCGCUCUCACGCAGUGCCGCUCCUUGCUCCUUCGCGUGAACACACACACAUAUGUAUGUAUAUAUAUAUAUAUAUAUAUGUAA